AUGUCCUCACUGGGUGAGCCAACAAGGCUCGAGCAAAUGGGACAAGUCGAAGGACUUCCGAUCGGCUCUGUUUUCAUCGAUAGACAUGUGCACGAAAUACUGACAAAGAAGUUGGAAAAUGCGCAAGAUCAUUUGCGGCUCCCUCCCGAUGAGACAGCAUGGGAAAUGACCACCGGUCGAUUUCAACGAUUUAAAUGUGCUUUUGGGAGCGAAGUUACCUUGACUCCGUACUUGAAGCUUGAUGUCCCCCAUCUCGCUUCGGACUUUGAUUUGCCUGCGGCAGGAAGCUCUAAUGGGCAAAUCAGCAUAGCAUAG